GGCUCUUUUUGAUUAGGGGCUUCCUGGACACUUCUCCAGACUGAUUAUCCUUCUUACAGAUUAUUACUAUUUUUACAAUUCUAUAUAUAUACAAAUAUAUAUACUUCUGCAUUUUCUUCUUCAUGCCCCCUUUUCUCUCUGCUCUGGGGCUUUAAUUGCACAUUGUGUUCAUGCUUACUCUUUGACGUUGAUUUUUCCCCUCCCCCCUCUUUGGGGAAGCACAUUAAGAAAUCCACUGUCAUAAAAAAGACAGAAAUACACAUUUCAGGAGAAGUCAUCUUAAGAUCUGCUGCUUAAAGGGACCCAAGGAGGAAAAAAAAUCCCACGCAUGAACUUCUCGUCCACAAGCCAACUGCUGAGCUUUGUUUUUUCACAUUUUUUAUGCUGUCACGUUCUGAAGUGGUGAUCCUUAGAGGCGGGACUGAGCAUGGAUCAUUCGAACGAGACAACUCAGGGGAUAGAACAUUCAGAAAUGUCUAACAAUGUAAACGACCCAAAGGGUCCACCAGCCAAAAUUGCCCGCCUUGAGCAGAAUGGGAGUCCUCUAGGAAGAGGCAGGAUUGGAAGCACUGGAGGAAAAAUGCAAGGAGUGCCUCACAGACACUCUACACACAUGAUGAGGACAAAUAUCAGAAAAGGGAAUAUGCUUCCAGUUUUCUGCGUGGUGGAACAUUAUGAAAAUUUCAUUGAGUACGACUGCAAAGAGGAACAUGCAGAAUUUGUUCUGGUUAGGAAGGACAUGCUUUUUAACCAGUUGAUUGAAAUGGCUCUACUGUCCCUCGGCUAUUCGCAUAGCGCUGCUGCCCAAGCCAAAGGGCUAAUCCAGGUUGGAAAGUGGAAUCCCGUUCCUCUUUCCUGCGUGACAGAUGCUCCUGACGCUACUGUGGCAGACAUGCUUCAAGAUGUGUUUCAUGUGGUCACGCUGAAAAUACAGCUACACAGUUGCCCUAAACUCGAAGACUUGCCUCCCGAGCAGUGGUCCCACAUAACCGUGCGAAACGCUCUUAAGGACUUACUGAAAGAUAUGAACCAGAGCUCGUUGGCUAAGGAGUGCCCCCUUUCACAGAGUAUGAUUUCUUCCAUUGUGAACAGCACUUACUAUGCAAAUGUCUCAGCAGCAAAAUGUCAAGAAUUUGGAAGGUGGUAUAAACAUUUCAAGAAGACAAAAGAUAUGAUGGUUGAUAUUGAAGACCUAUCUGAAUUAUCUCAACAAAGUACCAAUCACGUGAAUUUUGGUCAGCAGGCUGUCCCUGGUAACACUUCCGAAAAGCCUUCCUCUCCAGUACAGCAUUCUCAUGGUGGCCAACCUUCAGUGAGAACCCCUCUUCCUAACCUGCAUCCCGGACUUGUAUCUACUCCCAUCAGCCCUCAGUUAGUUAAUCAGCAGCUGGUAAUGGCACAGUUACUGAACCAGCAAUAUGCUGUGAACAGACUAUUAGCCCAGCAAUCCUUAAACCAACAGUACUUGAACCAUCCUCCUCCUGUCAGUCGAUCGAUCACCAAGCCUUUGGAGCAGCAGGUUUCACCCAACACAGAGGUGUCUUCUGAUAUCUACCAGUGGGUGCGUGAUGAGCUCAAAAGGGCAGGAAUCUCACAGGCUGUAUUUGCACGCGUGGCUUUCAACAGAACUCAGGGCUUGCUAUCAGAAAUACUGCGUAAAGAAGAAGAUCCUAAGACUGCAUCCCAGUCUUUAUUGGUAAAUCUUCGAGCGAUGCAGAAUUUCCUACAGUUGCCUGAGGCUGAAAGAGACCGGAUCUAUCAGGAUGAAAGGGAACGGAGCCUCAAUGCAGCAUCCACCAUUGGUCCAGCCCCAUUGAUAAGCACACCACCAAGUCGUCCUCCACAGGUCAAGACCGCUACCAUUGCAACGGAGAGGAAUGGAAACCUGGAGACCUGCAGCAUGAAUAUUAAUGCUUCCAUUUACGACGAGAUCCAACAGGAAAUGAAACGAGCGAAAGUAUCCCAGGCGCUAUUUGCAAAGGUUGCAGCUUCCAAAAGCCAGGGUUGGCUUUGUGAACUGUUACGGUGGAAAGAAGACCCUUCUCCAGAAAACAGGACUCUUUGGGAGAACCUUUCGAUGAUCCGAAGGUUCCUCAGUCUUCCCCAGGCGGAAAGGGAUGUCAUUUACGAGCAAGAGAGCAAUGCAGUUCAUCAACACAGUGAAAGGCCAUCUCAUGUGAUCCAUGUCUCUGCAGAACAAAUGCAGCAACAGCAGCAGCAGCAACAACAACAGCAGCAGCAGCAACAGCAGUCACAUCCACCACAACCUCCAGGUCCCAGACUACCACCAAGACAGCCCACUGUGGCAUCUCCAGCAGAAUCAGAAGAUGAGAACCGCCAGCAAGCCCGUCCUCGAACGAAAAUCUCUGUGGAAGCUCUAGGCAUUCUACAGAGUUUCAUCCAAGAUGUAGGACUCUAUCCAGAUGAAGAAGCAAUCCAAACUCUGUCUGCUCAGCUUGACCUACCCAAGUACACCAUCAUCAAAUUUUUCCAGAAUCAGCGAUACUAUCUGAAACACCAUGGCAAGCUGAAAGACAAUUCAGGCUUAGAAGUGGAUGUAGCAGAAUAUGAUGAUGAAGGUUUGCCUAAAGAUUUGGAAGAAAGCAUCCAGGACAAAAGUACUAGUACGUUGUUUUCAGUUAAACUUGAAGACGAUUUAGCAGGAGGUGGGAACACAGACAUUACUGCAGACCUGAAAGACUUAUCUUAAAGUAUUAUUAUAUUAUUUUCUGAUGUUUCACUGGUAUUAAUAAUUGCAAUUCCAUCCUAUGUACUGUCGGUAACAUUUUAUUGUCCAUUAUUCGGCCAAUGAAUCUUGAAACAAGAAAGAAAAAAAAAAAAAAAAACACUUGCACAAAACAAUGAUGCAGACUACAUUAAAUGUUUAACUCUGUCUAUAAACUGUACUUUGCUCCAGAUGAAACACUGAGGAUUGUUUAAUAUGUCCAUUCACUGGAUAAACCACAAUGUACUUGAUGAGCAUGAUUCAAGUGCAGGCGAUUUGAAAGCUGGGGCCUUCAAACAAGCAUACAAAACCUUGAGUGGGUUUAUUGUUUUUCA